AUGGGUUUGCUGCCAGGGGUAGAGGCGAAACCGGUCCUGAACUUGCAAUUCCUGGAGGACGUGAUCCGUAACACGGUGCGCUUGGAUUGGGCUUCCUUUUGGGCAAAAAACGCGGUGCAACCGCUCAAUGUGGUGGCCAGCAGCCUAGACGGGAUGGAAAGCUUGGCUUUGAGGAGUGACAAGGGCGACUUCGAUUCCUUCGAGAGUCUUAUCCAGUGCCUGAAGAGCAGCAUGUGCGUUCCCGGGGUGGCGGGACCGCCUGUGUUUCUGAACGUGACGUGCCGGCAGACGGGGGAGAGAAAAGAACGGGCCUUCGCGGAUGCCUUGGUCUUUGAACCCAUUCCCCUAAAAAGUGCAGUGGAGGACGGGUGCACGCACAUCGUCACUUUGCGCACGCGCCCUGACGGCAGUGAGGUCUUGGGGCACAAAGUGACGGGGAUUUACGAGCGAUUCAUUGCCCGCAGAUUCUUGGCGGAUCUCCACAAAUUUCGCCCGGCUGCCAUGCACAUGACCAAGUUCGAUCAUUUGAGGCAGUACGCCGCGGACUUGCUCCUUUUGAACGAAGGUUCCCACGCCAAAGCGACAGGCGUGCAUGUGCCGGACGGGAAAGGCGGGGGCCGGGCCGUCCACUUGUUGCCCGUGGCCCCGCCCAUGGGCACCACCGAGGUGGACACCCUCGAUUCUUCACGAGAAGCCUUGCGGAAGGGGUUGAAGGACGGAUUUGCGGCCGCGUGGAACCUGAUGGCGUCGCCCGAGCUGGCAGAAGUGUACCCUGGGGAGGUGGUCGCGAGUGAGCUGUUUGAUUGUGAGGACGUGGAGACUUUUGACCUGACCUUUAAAAGAUUCAGUACGGUCUUCCAAGGAGGCAUUGGGCAGGCGGAGGAAAAUGGAUUGAGGGCAACAAAACAGGAGCAACUGCUCUUUCCUCGGCAGGGACCACAUCAACCGCGACUAGCAUAG